AGCGCGAACGCCGCGCCGCCGCCAGUGGCGUCCGUCGAAGCGGAGGGAAAGGCGCUCCUCCGGCCCCGCUUUCCGCCUCUCGCUGGAGAAAAUCUUAAAUAAUCAGUCAGUCAAUCUCUCGCGGGAACGAGGAGCCAGAGGGCACGGACGGACACGAGCGGACAAGGACGGACACGGACGCACGGGAAGGCAUCGCCAGCCACCGGAAGACAGGAUGGAAUUAAGGAUCCUUGUAGAGCAGAUUGUAAACUGGCUGGUUUCGGGCUUUCUUCGUAGUCUCAACAGCUUCUUGCGGUGCUUCCGGAUGCCACGCCCCCACGAGCCAGAGACGCCCCCUUCCCGUGGCGAAUUUCCCCUCGACACCACGAACAAAUCCACGGACAUUUUCAUCAGCCUCGUUAGCGGCGAUUUGCAGGCCUUCCUGAGCCUCGUUCAGGAGGGGAGGUUGAUCGUAUGCGACAAGAGUAACUGGAAGGUCGUUGCAAAACUCCACCUGUAUCACGAAGACAGUGCUACUCCGGCGAGUGGGGACUCCCUGCCAGAAUGCCCUUCGAUCGCGUCAAACGAUGCUGACAUCCCUUCAGGAAAUACUGGUAUCUCGCUUGGACGAGAUGCUGAUGUCUCCUCCGGGAAAGGUGCUGGCAUUCCAUCAACAGAGGCUGACAUCCCACUAGAAGAUGCUGACAUCACAUCAGAUGCAAACACCUCACCAAAAUAUCACAUUCCCUUAGGAAAUGCUGCUGAGAUCCCAUUAGGCCAAAAUGCUGACAUCCCAGCAGGAGAUGCUGACAUGCCAGCAGGUGUUGCUGACAUGCCAGCAGGAGAUGCUGACAUCCCAGCAGGAGAUGCUGACAUCCCAGCAGGAGACGCUGACAUCCCAGCAGGAGAUGCUGACAUCCCAGCAGGAGACGCUGACAUCCCAGCAGGAGACGCUGACAUCCCAGCAGGAGACGCUGACAUCCCAGCAGGAGAUGCCGACAUCCCAGCAGGAGAUGCCGAUAUCCCAGCAGGAGAUGCAAAUAUCCCAGCAGGAGAUGCUGACAUCCCAGCAGGAGACGCUGACAUCCCAGCAGGAGACGCUGACAUCCCAGCAGGAGAUGCCGACAUCCCAGCAGGAGAUGCCGACAUCCCAGCAGGAGAUGCCGACAUCCCAGCAGGAGAUGUCGACAUCCCAGCAGGAGAUGCUGACAUCCCAGCAGGAGACGCUGACAUCCCAGCAGGAGACGCUGACAUCCCAGCAGGUGAUAGCGAUGGGCCAUCUGCCGCAGAACCAGAGCGAGGUCCCGAUGUCCCUCCAAAGUAAUUCUUAGACUCGAACUUCUUUAGUUUCACGAGUUACUGCUCAGUUGUGAUCAGAAAUCAUAGAGAGGAUUCUUCAGUUAGAUAAAGAUGAAAAAGGAAACUGAACAUUAAAAAAAGGAAGACGAAAAGGGAAGAAGAAGAAAAAGAAACAAAAGCAAGGCAGAGGCAAAAGCAAGAAGAGAUGGCGGACAAAGAGAGAGAGGAGGAAGAGCAGACGAAGGAAAGGGAGAAUAAGAAGAAAGCGCAAGGUUUUAUAAGCCAAUGAAGCCUCGCGCCGCGUGAUAUACACGGGCGUAAGUAGACCGUCAACAAAGCUCCUCUUUCGACGCGCACUUCAUGGCUUGGCCUCCGGCUAAUAUCGCCAGCCGGACUUUUCUUGGGAUUUUUAAGACUUCUUCCUCUUUUUUAUUUUUUUUCUGCUUUGACUUACGCUGCAAAAGGAAUAUGUGACUGAGAUGAGUGUCUCGGGAGACUCUUCACGAUGGCGUUGUUUUUUUUUUUUUUCAAAGUAUGUGCAAUAUAUACAAGAAUAAACAGUGGAAUGUCCGUUUUAAAGUACUGUUGCAUCGUGCAAGAUCGGUUUAAUUGUAGAAUUACCAAGGGCCUCAUAUUAUUUAUACUCAUCACUCUAAUGUCCCUUCAAUAAAAGGGAUUGCAAUAUGUUUUAUGGAUAACAUUGCGCAUGGGUUUGCUUGCAAUAAACAUGAUGGAGGUGA